AUGGUGUCGAAUAACUUUGUCACUAACUGGAGUAUAUUUACUUCAUCGAGGUGUAAUGGAUGGCAUUUAUCGACCACAAGAUACAUUAUCGAUUUGUCGUUGUCACUUUUAGACACUAAGACCCCAGUUACCCUUGCUAGAGUUAAGAAGGUUCUCGGUAGAACCGGUUCCCGUGGUGGUGUCACCCAAGUCAGAGUUGAGUUCUUGGACGACUCCUCUAGAACUAUUGUCAGAAACGUUAAGGGUCCAGUCAGAGAGAACGACAUCUUGUCUUUGAUGGAGUCUGAGCGUGAGGCUAGAAGAUUGCGUUAA